CAAUUUCGGAACAGUUCGACAACGCGUGGUUGCGUUCUGAAAUGUCGAGUUUUGUUUUGUGUUUUGACAUGUUUUUCGUGGUUAUUCAAUAGUUAUAAAAAAACACCGUGUGUUGAAAAUUUUCCGUAACAGGAAAAAUUUGUGGAAACGGACCGAUGGGAAGGAUGAUGUUAAUGCAAGGUGAUGUCUUUACCAGUAUCUCAGUAUGAGGCCUUGUUGGCACAAGUGCGGGGCUUGAGACGUCAAGCUCAGCACGUACAACAACUAGUCGACCCCCUUCUCUUUGGAGAUGCAUCUUUACCUCAGGACCAAAAUGUGAAGGAGGACCAAAUACAUCGCACAAUGGACGUACCCGGAAAGAACUCAAUUCAUGCUGAAACCAGCGAUGAUGAGAGUCUAGCUGCUCACAGUGCCCAUCAUUCGGUCAGUAGCGAACCGAUUUGUCAAAAAAGUAGAGGUUCAUCUUCAUUGUAUCAUGGCACAUGGCCAGUCGAAGGAACGAUGUGGAAUUCAGAACCAGCCACGCUCACUAUCAAACAACCACCUUCUCAUCGGCAAAUGGAGAUGCCAAGCGUAAUGAGUUUCGCUUCUAGUUCGGGUGCUCCAAUGGAAAGAGUAUUAAUCACAACAGAAAAAUCAAUGAGAUCUUCCCAACAGCUAGAGGCCAAAGUAGAUAUGGUUUAUAGCCUUUUGGCUAUGUUAGGCGGUCAGGAACAUGCAGAUAUGGGGGAAACUUUAUUCGCUCUCAGUACAAAUCCUGAGAGCUGUUUGGCAAUGAGGGAAUCUGGAUGCAUUCCCCUUCUAGUACAACUAGUCCAGUCAGAUAGAGAUUCUGAAACAAGAAAAAAAGCUACACAAGCUCUACAUAAUCUUGUUCAUUCUCAAACUGAUGAGAAAUUGCGAAAGCGAGAAAUUCGAAUAUUUAAGUUACUGGAGACUGUUUGUGCCUACAAUGAGGCCUUGAUAAAUGACGUAGAAUUUGUAUGUGAGAAUCUUUCAGAUGACGGUGAUAGACAUCCUGUACAGACUAUAGCCCAUUUGAUGAAACUGUCCUUUGAUGAAGGACAUAGACAGGCUAUAUGCCAGCUUGGAGGAAUUCAUACAAUCGCAAAACUUGUAGAAGCUGAACAUUCGACACAUGGUAGUAUUUCAGAUGAUACACAUUGUAUCAUGAUGAGACGAUAUGCAUGUAUGGCACUAACUAACCUCACUUUUGGUGAUAGUGGAAAUAAAGCUUUACUGUGUUCCUAUAGAGAUUUCAUGAAAGCAUUGGUGGUACAGUUGCGAAACCCCUGUGAUGAAUUGAGACAGGUGACCGCCAGUGUUCUGCGGAAUCUAUCCUGGAGAGCAGAUACCUCCAGUAAAGAAAUCUUGAGAGAAAUUGGAAGUGUUAAGGCUCUGAUGAAGUCAGCAAUGCUUGAUAAUAAAGAGAAUACCCUUAAAUCCAUACUCUCUGCAUUAUGGAACUUAUCUGCACAUUGCACAGAGAAUAAGUCAGAAAUUUGUGCUGUUAAGGGCGCAUUAGAAUUUUUAAUACAAAUGCUUUUGUAUAAAUCCGCUCCUAAAUCUUUGGCUAUAAUAGAAAACGCGGGCGGGAUUCUUCGAAACAUUUCGAGUCAAAUAGCAGUCAGGGAUGAUUACAGGGAAAUUUUGAGAGAGCACAAUUGCUUGCAAAUUCUUUUAGAUCAACUCAAGUCACCAAGUUUAACUAUAGUUAGCAAUGCCUGUGGAACUCUCUGGAAUUUAUCGGCUAAAAACGCUACAGAUCAAGAACUACUGUGGCAACUUGGUGCGCCAACUAUGUUGAAAAGUUUGAACCACUCCAAGCAUAAAAUGAUUGCUAUGGGGUCCAGUGCAGCACUGAAAAAUCUUCUUACAGCUAAGCCAGGUUAUGCAUUAGUGCAGCAGAUGGAUUCGACUGCCCUUUCCCUAGAUCUUCCAGAACUGCCCACAUUGGGUGUCAGAAAACAAAAAGCUUUACUCAAAGGAUUGGACCAAAGUUUAACUGAAACUUUCGAUAAUUUAGACACACCUUCUGACAAAAAGAAAGUCAAAAAUGAACAUAACCAAAGAGACAUACCUUUAAACUCUAAGUCUACUCUUGAUGAGUCUUUCAGUACUUCCUAUGCUAGUCUUAAUAUUAACGACAGUCAUGUUAACGUUAGUUGUGAAAAAAAAUCCAGGAUACCCCAAAGCAGUGGAUCCUCUAGUCUGCCAUAUGCUAUUUCUGAUAUAAAGAAUCCAUGUACCUCUACACCGAUUAAAACCAAAAAUAGUGACCAUAUUGAAGGUGAAACAUUAGGAAAGAGAAUACCAAAAAAACAUACUGUUACAACAAAUAAGUUUACAGAUUCUAAAAUGUCCAAAAUUACUAAAAUGGAAAGGAGGAAUCCCUUAAAUGGAAUUGAAAAUGACUCUGAAAAGUCGAGAGAAAUUUGUUUGGAAUAUUCAGAAAAGGAAAGUCAUUUAAAUAAAAGUGGAAAUGUUGCACACUCUGGGGUGAGCAAUAAGAUUCAGCACACAGAGGACAUCGAUAAUGACAAACAUAAGAUGAAGAGAAAUAAUAAAGAGAUUGUUGCUAAUAUGGAUGAGAAAGAUCAUUGUUCAACUGAAGAUAUUUCCGAUUCUGAGAUUCAACCUAGAUCAAGUACGUCUAAAAUUGAAUUCACUUCAUUGCAAAAUGAACUGACCUGCAACGAAAAUACCAACUUGAAAGAUAAUGACAUAGAAAAUGUUAAUGGUGCAAUCAGUUUACCACCAUUUUCCAAUGAUGAUAUAAGUUCCGCAAUGAAAGAAAAUAUUUCAUCUCUACCAGUACAUAAAAUGCAACCAAGUCCAAGACCAAGAAAAUUUGCUUCACUUGAAAAACCCCAGCCAAUACCAAGAUCAAUUCCGCAACCCAAAACAGGGAACAAUUCAUUUGAAUCAAACGUGGAUGAUACCAAUGUCAUGUCAGAUGCAUCAACAGAUAUAAGACCAAAUAUUUUGAAUCAAGAGGAAUCGAUCGAAGAUAACAUUGAAUUCCUAGAUGAUUUGAGUGAAAAGCAAGACACUGGGAGGGAGAAGAAGUCCAACACAGAUUACAGUGAGAAGAAGGAAAUCUCUGGGACUCCUUCAUUGGACACUAUGAAGAGCUCACUCGCGAGUUGCAAGUCUCCACAGAAGAGGUUUUCCAGAAAUAGUGGAAUACCAAUGUCUAGACUGCCAUCUAGAGUUUCCCCUAUGAAAUCAGUGACAAAAAAUGAAACUUCAAACAUGAACUUCGAGACGAACGAGUCUUUGAUUGGCUGCAAAAUUCCUAAAGACGUUGAUGAGAUAGAUAAGCCAGUAUCUACGAGGCAAAUUAGUAACGCUACACAUGUCAAAACCGCGGAAGCAAACGGACCAACCUGCUCGGAACAAGAAAGUAAUAUGAGAACGGAGGGAACGAGUGAAGCCGCCGAAGUGCUUAAUAAGGAUUUGAGUGGAAAAUAUGACGAUUUACUCUUCGAAAGACGGAAAACAUUCAGUAGCGUUGCUGAUCCAGACGAUUAUCGCUUUUCCAUCUCCAAAGAAUCCGAAAUAACAAUCAAUCAAUUGAGUCUGUCCCCAAACAACAAAGAUGAAGAAACCUCGAGAAUCUUUGUUGAAGAUAUCACUGAUGAAACAUCUGUAGGUUCCACUAGUAGCUUUCCCCGCCAUAUUUCUGUUGGAUAUGCAUCUGAACCACAAGAACAUUCCAUUGAAUCUUCAGAACUUGAUACAAAAGUGGCCAGAAAUGAUGCCCAAGACAAACUUUUUCUCGGGUUUGUUAGCAUAGGUGAAUCGGUAAUUGAUGAUAAUCUAUCGACGAAUGUAAAAAAAAGUGAAUCAAAUAAGUCGUUGGGCAAAAUUUUGGAUGCUAGUCCUGAAUUUUUAUAUUCUCCUGGAAAUAGUUGUAUGGCAUUCAGUGAUAAGAAGGAUGAAAGACUUGAAAUGAGUUGCAAUGAUUCGGCUAAUGUUGAUAUCAGAAUGUUGGAUCCAGAUGCAAUGAUCGAAUCUUUAGAUCGUUUCACAGCCGAAUUGGUUUCACAAGCAUCUUCCCAUCUGCAGAAUAAAGAUUCUUUGUAUAAAAGUAGUAACAAUGAUAACACUUGGGAUGAAAAUUCUUCCCCCAACGAGGCCACCUUUCCAAGCAUCUCUGUAAGUGCCCCAAAUGUCGUAUCAUUUAAUAGUGAAAGUGAAACUAAUACUUCAUCCAAGAAAAAUGACCUAAACUGUACGAAUGAAGUGGAACAAGUUGAAAUAGUCUCAAAUGAUUUUUCAUCUCUCAAUACAACCACUAUGACAGAUUCCACAUUGAUUGCAAUGGAAGCUACUAAGAUUGCCGAAGCUUUCAAAGAGGAAGCUGACAUGUCAUCAAGUGUGAAUAGUUUGGUCUCUUUUGAAAUUGACCAAGUUCAACCACCAUCACAUCUGAAUUCCUUAUCAAAUAGCAUGAUAGGAUUUCUAGACAGUAAACCAGGCAGCCCUAAAAUGACAAGAAAAAAGUCUUUACCCUCUAAUAUUAUGGUGAAGAGGGCUUUAAAUCAUUCUCUAUCUCAUAAUCCCAGUGUUGAUAAUCUUAAUCAUCAGAUGACUUUCAAGGAGGAGAUGAAUUCUGUAAAUCAAGGAGGAACUAAUAGGAGUAUUCCGACACACUCAAAUGACAUAUCAGAUUCGAAAAAGGCUUUUAUAAUCAAUGGACCAAUUCAUAUGUAUUCAAAUAGAAAUGUUUCCUCUAAAAUGCCUUCCGGUUUUCUAAAUUUGGAUUCAUCUAGCCAGUUACUAAGUGUGACAGUCACUGACUUGUGCAAUUCUUUAGCUGAUGUAGCAACUACUUCGAUAGGUACAGAGACAGAAAUGUUUGAAGAUUGUUUGACACAUGUUACAGAAAAUCAUUUACAAACUGAAAAUGACGCAACUGAAUUCUCUGAUGCAAAUAGCAUAACACCGAUUCAGUCCAGUGCUAGUAGUAGUGAAGAUACUCCUAAAAGGCAAAAAUCUUUGAACAAGAGUUUAACAUCCAAACAAAAACGUGCAUUAGCUAAAGAAAGAUACAAAACAUAUAUCAUUGCAGCAGAAAUGGUGAUGAAGGAUAGCAUAAUUAAUCAAGAAGAAAAUUCGAAUGAAGUGCCAAAUGGUUUCCCUGUUGUAAGAGGGGAAAUAACAACUGAUGAGACUAAAUUUGCUUCGCAAAAUGUUGACUCAGUGAAUGCCCCACAGGCAUUCGUAACCGACUCGACGUCUUCCAAAUUAUCACCGAAAGAGAGGAGAUUGAGUGAGAGGUCAAGGUUUCAAACUCAAGUAUUGGAGGUUAGUCAGAUACCAAAUUUCCAUAAUCUGAAUAUGCAGCAACAACAAAAGGAAUCUGAAUCGGACAGUUCUAAAGAGCCCAGUCCAGCUAAAUCUAAGAUUUCUAUUCGAAAGAAUAUUUUGCAAAGAAGGUUGACCAAUAAGGAACGCUUCAAAACCCAAACACUUGAAGACUCACAAGCCCUAUCUAAUUUAUUAGCGAGGGAAUGCGCCAUAGCUGAUGAUACAGAAAUGCAUCUUAUGGUGGAGAAAGAAGCAAACAAAGUUGUGAGAACUCUAAAGGAUGCUCAAACUAAUCUUGACGAAAUACUUGACUGUGAAACAAUUAGCCUUGUAUCGAAUGACGAUGAAUCUGAACCCAAUUCUGGAAGCUCUGUCAAUUACAGAACUUAUCACAAGAGCUGGGGCCUCAGAAAUAAUAUACCAGUCAUUGCACCUAAUGAACCUCAGAAACCUGAACAGGACAAGUUAGGUGAUUCUUUGGAAAAUUGCUCAAUUACUUCUGAUGAUGAAGUGAUUAGAGAUCCUCCAAAGCCAAAAAUUGUGAAACCCGACGAGAAAAAAGUCCAAGAACUCAGGAAUGAAGCUGAUGAGCAGCCUAAAGGAAUAAGGGGCAGAAGAAAAGCAUUAUAUUCCAAAAGUAAUCUGAAUAAAGUGACUCCAAAAUCGAUAAAGCCAGUUAAGAAUGUGACAUCAAAUUUAGUUAAAAAUGUGACUUCCACUCUCAAAACUACGACACCAAAACCUAUCCAGUCAAAGCCUAGUAGAAUAGCAUCAAGACCUCCUACAAAAGGUAAAGCUACAAAUCCAACCAGCAGGCCAGUCUCAGGAAGUGGUGUCUCUCAAAUGACUACCAUUUCCCCAGUACUACAGAAGAACACCAAACCUAGUAAUUCUCGACCUGCAAUUGAUUGUAAGAAAAAUCCGCCUAAGCCACUAGAGCGACAAGGUACUUUCACAAAGGACGACCUCCCUGCUAAUAACAAUCAGAGUAAAGGAAAAAAUCCCGAUGUAACAAGAAUACCUGUUCCCGGAUCCAUCAAAAGCUCCAUUCCUAAAAUGUCAAUGAAACAGAGUAACAUUCCUCGAUCUGCUGGUUUCAAAUCGGCUAGUUCUGAUAGAAACUCCAAGCCGUCGAAUAUAAAAAUUUAUAAUCGUUCUACGAGUGCCGACAGCCGUGAAAAUACAUUUUCCAGGAGAAUCCAGAGCUCUCUAUCGAGCCAUAGCUUGAAAAGUGAACCUGAAAAGGUUCAGCAAAGUGGUGCAAUAAAAAAGACAAUUCAGUACCAAAGAUCAGAUAGCAAUACGAGUUUAAACGGGUCAAAUUCUACUAAAAAGCAAGUAACAAGUAAAAUAGCGAGUAUUUGGAAGAAGAUUGAAGAAAGCAAAAAGAAGACUGUAACUAAAAAAGACAGUAAAAAAUGGAUAGAAGCAGAGGUAGAACCAUCAAGUAAAGCAUCGAAUUCAAACGCUGUUCCAAGUGAAGAAGAAAGUAAUACGCCAAAACGUAUUUCUAGGUUAGGGUCCUUUGUUGGGCUGGAUGAUAAUGAAGAUAAUCUCAGAGGGCAGGAGGUCAAUUGAAUACGACUUUUUAACCUUCAUUGAUGUUUUUCUCAGUUUCCUGCAUGUCUAAUUUCUUUAAUUGUUUUUUAAAUUCUUACCCUAGAAUAUAAUGAUUCAUAUAAUUGAUACUUAUUUUUGAAUAAUUUAUUUGAAUAGCUCUAUUUUCAUUUAAAAUUUUUAUGAUUGAAUAUUCUUCCUGCAUGUCUAAUUUCUUUAGCCAUUUAUGUGUUCCUUGUGUUUCAUGAUUAAUCUAGUUGAUGAACUUUUGAAUAUCUAAUUUUUAAGUUGUAUAUAUUUAUAGUUUUUAUUUAUGAAAAUUGUUUGGCCAUAAUAUCUAGUCCUAUACUUAAAUAUUUGUUGGAUUUGUAAAUUUAUUUAUUCAAAUAAUGUACUCUAUGUAGAUAUUACAUGAGAAAUCGUAGCAUUUAUAGAAUAAAUUCAGUUUUCCAUG